AUGGCUGCUCUGGAACAACAACGGGCUCAAGUAGACCUACAAUCUAAGGAGAAGGUGCUGAGCAAGUCCUUGCUAGUGUUUGAGUGGCUGGACAAGGCAGACGAGUUUAUCAAGCAAGUUGCUGACUUGAAAUUCAAAGACAAAAUAGGUGAGAUCAAUUGCUGCGGUCUACCCAACUAUAUUGAACAGUACAAAGCCGGAAAACAGAUUGAACAGAGGAUUGUAGAGUUCGAGGCACUGGAAAAGGAAGGGCAAAAGUUCAUUGACGUUCAAGAAUCCGAUGUGGUGGGACAAAUGAAAGAGGCCAAAGAACCAGUGGGAGAGGCAAAAAGUAAAGUUGAAGAGAUUAUGAAGUACGUGACAGAAAAGGAGGGCUGUACCAUACUUGUUUAUGGGAUGGCUGGUUCAGGGAAGACGAGAGUAGUAUCGAGAGUCAAUGACCUUAUACUAAGCGCUUAUAAUGGCGGUCAUGAGUAUUUUGAUAAAGUCAUUUGGGUGACUGCUGUGAAUAAAGGAUCAAUAUCCGUUGAUAACUUGCAGAAGAAAAUUGCGGAGAAAUUACAAAUUGAUCUUAAGAAUGCUACUGAGAAUACAGCAGCAAUCUUGGAAGGAGCCCUCAAGAGUAAGAGAUUUCUCAUCAUUCUGGAUGACAUGUGGAGGAAUCUCUCUCUUGAGGCAAUCGGGAUACCACGGCCAACCACAGAAAAUGGCCGCAAGGUCAUAAUCGUGUCGGGAUCAGCUCCCGGAUUAAGUAACAUCAAGUUCGAUAAAAAAGUUGAGACCGAGCCUCUCCUAUAUGAAGAGGCAAAAAAAUUGUUUGAGGAUGAAGCUUGCAUGGAUGUGUCAAUAUUAAAGGAAGAUAGUACUCGAGGUACUAUAAAGGAAAUGAUAGAAGAAUGUGAAGGUUUGCCCUUGGCAAUUGUCUCGCUGGCAGAAACCUUGAAAGGAUUAAAGAAAAAUGGUCUUGACGAUGAUGCUGCAUGGAAAGAAGCACUUGAAGAGAUUCCAUCUCACUUGGAAAGCAGGAAUGAAAAAGCAUUUAAUCGUUUGAAAGACAGUUUCGAUAUGUUGAAUGAAGAAGUUCAGCAAUGUUUCCUGUACUGUGCAUUGUACCCAAGUCAGCAUAAGAUGAAGAAGAAAAAGUUAGUGGAGUAUUGGUUUUGGCAAGGUUUUUUGGAGGGUACAGAGAGAAGCAUAGAAGGUAGGACACGAGCAAGAGAGAUACUGGAUGAGCUCAUAGGAACCUACCUUUUGAAGGAAGUAGACAAAGAAUACAUCAAGAUGAGCAACAUAGUUAGGCAAAUGGCAGUCCAUCUUACCCAGAAAAGCCCUGGUAAGUUUCUCAUCAAAGCUGACAAGAAACUUUUCAAAUGGAACUUACAUGAGGAGGACUUGUCUGAAGUAAAGAGAGCCUCAUUGAUGAGUAAUCAGAUUCAAUCACUUAUGGAAGAGCCCAAGUUUCUCAAGCUAUCCACGUUACUUCUGCAGCACAACAACAUCUCUCGCUUGAGUGACAAUUUCUUUCGUAGUAUGCCUAACAUCAAAGUCCUUGACCUCUCUCAUACUAUGAUCCCUUCCCUUCAGAAGUCAGCCUUUUCCAACUUGAGAAAACUAAGGGCACUCCUCCUGCGCGAUUGUCCCAAACUAGAAUAUCUGCCUUCUCUAGCAAACUCUAAGGAACUACUGGUUCUCGACCUUUAUAAUACUCCUACAAAACAAUUGCCUGAUGGGAUGAAUGAAUUAAAAAAGCUUAUUCGCCUUAACCUGUCUCAUACCAAAGUCGGAGAAUUUGAAGCUGAACUUGUAACUGCAUUAGCCAGUCUGGAAGAACUGUUCAUAAUAACUAAUGAUGUCUCUGCAGGCUCUUUGUGGGGAUCUGAGAAAGGAGCAACUAGUAUUGAGAAGCUGGGAGUGUAA